AUGCUUCCCCCUCUGGUCCAGAAUGCCAUCAGCAGCUUCGCGGUGUGCCUGUCCCUCCUAGCCUCGCUCCAAUCCUCCUCCUCGUCACAAUCCUUCCGCGUCUCGGUGUCCGCUGCGGCGGCGGUUGGGCCUGCAGUCUCUUCCAACUUUCCCGAUCCGGGCCUCGCUUUGGAUACCAGCAAUGGCUCCGAAACGUGGUACGCCUUCAGCACCCAGACCGGAAAGAUCAACGUCCAGCUUGCCUCCUCACCGGACUUUUCGACCUGGACGCUGCAUGAAGGCUACGAUGCUCUACCCGUAACGCCAGCUUGGGCGCGUCGGUCUCCUCACGCUGGUGUCUGGGCACCGGACGUGAAUCAACGGCCUGAUGGAUCGUGGGUCAUGUAUUUUGCGGCCGUAGGGCAAACGCAUCCACAGAAGCACUGCAUUGGAGCGGCCACCUCUCCCAACGUCAUGGGGCCAUACACUCCUCUCGACAAUCCCAUCGUGUGCGAUUUGCCUCGAGGCGGCAACAUCGAUCCAAAUCUCUUCAUCGAUCCCAUCAACAAUCAGAAUUACCUCGUCUACAAAACUGAUGGCAACGCAAUUGGCCAUGGCGGCGCCUGUGGGAACACCGACAACCCUGUAGUGCCAACCCCGCUAUAUCUUCAGCUGAUGGAUCCCCAAGACCUCGUCACACCAAUUGGCAACCCUGUCUACUUGUUCUCAAACGCCCACAGUUUCACCGAAGACGGCCCCAACGUCGAACGACCAUGUAUGGUCUUCCGCAACUCAACCUACUAUCUCCUGUACAAUGCCAAGUGUUUCACGAGUCUGCAGUACCGUAUCGACUAUGUCUCCUGCAGGGUUGGCGUCGACACCCAUACUGGUGUACUUGGCUGUGACUGGGACGCCCUCAAGAUGCAGCAGCAGACCUCCAAGGACCACACGCUGCUCCAGACUGGUGACGUCGUGUCUGGCACCAAACUCUACGCCCCAGGCAGUAUGGACGUGAGUCCUGAUCAGCACAGAGUCGUCUUCCACGGUGAUGUCAACUUGGACUGGUUCACCCCUCAUCAUCCUCACACUGUCCACCGUGACCGUGCCAUGUUUGCCGGUGAGAUUGACUUUGUGAAAUCAGAUCUUCGGGUCACCCAACUAUUCUGA